AUGGACAACAGCACCGAUGAUUUCUGCAGAACAUCGACUUGUCUUCAUGCUGCCGCAGAGGUUUUGAAAAAAAUGGACAGAGACGUCGAGCCCUGCGACGACUUCUACAGAUUCGCGUGCGGUGGAUUUUUGAAAAAUACAUCAAUCCCAAAUGAUAGAGACCAAGUUGACACAUUCUCCGUCAUCCGCGAUAAAGUCCAGGAGCAGUUGAGAAUUAGUGUCGAGGAGCCAAGUCCUCCCACGGAACCAAAAUCGUUCAAGCUUGCUAAGAAUUUGUACAAAUCUUGCAUGAAUACGACUGCAAUUCGAGCUCAGAGUCUCAAGCAACUUCUCACUGACCUGACGGAACUUGGAGGAUGGCCGGUGCUAGAGGGAGACCGGUGGGAUGAAAGAUCUUUCAACUGGAUUGAGUCGACAUACAACGUGCGCGACCGGGGAUAUCCUUUCGAUUACUUUCUCCGUGUGACUGUCGAGCCGGAUUGGAAGAACAAUAUCAAACGAGUCAUCUAUUUGGACAAAGCUGCUCUGAAAGUCCCUCUGGAAGCCCUGUCAUUCGACAAAACAAAAUACAUGGUGGAUAUUGCAGUAAUGCUCGGAGCUAAACCAGAAUCAGCCGAAGAAGAGAUGCGCAGUCUCUUAGACUUCGAGGCUGAGAUAUACAGUGUAAGCUUGGUUCAAUUGAACGAGGCAGAUCGUUUCUCUGAAUUCGCUUACGCCCCUCUGACGGUCUCCGACCUCCCCGACUUGUACCCCAGCAUCCCCUGGAAGGAGUACUUCAACCGCGUGCUGCCACCCUCAGUCCGAGUGGGAAAUUGUGACGUCAUCAUCAGACAGGCCGCCUCCUACAUCAAAAGCCUGGAGGAAUUGAUGGGGAAAACACCAAAAAGGGUUCAGGCCAAUUACGUAAUGUGGAGGGUGGUAGAGUCAUCGCUCAGUUACAUGAAUGAUGAAAUAAGAGAACGUGAGCCUCAGUGGAGGGGUGGAAAGACAGCGAGGGAGCCCCGAUGGAAGGAAUGCAUGGACGUGCUCUCGCAGAAGCUCCCGCUGAGCGUGGCAGCCCUGUACGUCAGGAAAUACUUCCACAAGGGAGUUAAGAAGAAUGCCAUUGAGGUGGUCGACGACGUCAGCAAACAGUUCCAUCAGAUUCUGGGGAGGAGCGAGUGGAUGGAUGACGAAACCAGGGGGAGGGCGCGGCAGAAAGCCACCUCCAUAACCAGUCACAUUGCUUAUCAUGAUCAGUUAUUUGAUGAUAGGAAAUUUGAGGAGUACUAUCAGAAUCUAGAACUCAGCGAUGAGCAUUAUCUACAGGGAAUCCUGAAUAUUUCCCUGUUUGACUCGAAGAAUUCGUUCAGCAUGUUGGGAAAACCUAUCGACAAGGGCGAUUGGAUCACAUAUGGAAAUUCCGCGCGAGUGAAUGUCAGCUAUUGUCCGACUCUGAACAGUAUUGAACUCCCGGCUGGCAUUCUUCAGGAUAUCUUCAUCAGUAAUGAUCUCCCAAGGUACCUGAGCUACGGUGCCAUUGGGCGCAUGGUUGGUCACGAAAUCGCCCAUGGAUUCGAUAAUCAAGGACGAUGGUUCGAUAGAGUGGGAAACCGCGGUGAUUGGUGGACACCCUCCACUGUGGAAAAUUUCCUCGCUAAAUCUCAAUGUAUUAUCGAUCAGUAUGGAAACUACUCGGUCAAAGAAUUGAACCUGAAUGGAGAGAAUACUCAGGGAGAAAACAUCGCAGACAACGGUGGUUUCAUUGCUGCGUACCUAGCUUACGACGACUGGUCAGCGCGCAAUGACGAAGAGAAAAUGCUCCCAGGGCUCGCUUAUACCCCAAGACAAAUGUUCUGGAUAAGUGCAGCCAGCACUUUGUGCACAGUCCAGCGACCUGAGAGACUCAGACUCCAAAUCGCCGAGGGGGUGCAGACUCCUGCCGAAUAUCGUAUCUUAGGAACACUAUCCAACAUUCCAGCCUUUGCUGAGGACUUCAAAUGUCCCGUGGGCUCCAAAAUGAAUCCGGAGGAGAAAUGUGCUGUCUGGUGA